CAAUUUUUGAGAAAUAAUAAUUUCUCAUUUUUAAUAAAUGAGAUCAAGAAAGUUGUAUGAUGGAGAUGUUGGAUAUGAAUUGCGUGGUUAGUCUAGUUAAAAAUUUAGAAGGAAAGCUCAAGUGAAAAACGAAAAUGAUAUUGAAAUAGAUAUUCCUAAUGGGGACUUAACAAAAGGUCGAAUAUUUUUUAAUCACAAUUGUGCUGGUUGUCAUGAUUUGUAUGUAUUCUAUAAAUAAUAAAGAGAUUAAGAUUUAUAUUUAGGACCAUCAUUAAGAACAGUUUAUUUAAGAAGAAAUGGAUCUAAAAAGUUUUCAAAUUAUGGUAAAGAUUUGACAGCAUAUAAAUUCUAUUGGACUAGAAAAAAGCUUUGGGAAUUCUUAGAGAAUCCUGAAAAAAUGUUUCCUGAUACCAACAUGUAAUUAGAUGGAGUAUUAUUUGAUUAUAAAUAAUAGGUAAAAGAUCCCUUUUUGUUAGCUAGUGUUAUAGAUUAUCUAUAAUAUUUAAGAGUGUUUACAUGUGAUAUAAGAGGGUAAAAAUAAAUAAUUUGA